AGAGGAGAAGGAGGAGGAGGAGGAGGAGGACUACAAAUAUGGAGCGAGUUAGCAAGCAUUAUUUGAGUUGUGAGUAGGUUUGUUAGUUUUUUGUUUUGUUUUGUUUUAUUUCGUUUUAUUUUAUUGUUUUGUUUGUUUCUUAGUUAGUUAGAACAGUUAUUCCUGAAUCUGCACACUCCGGUACAUUAGGUGGCGGUAUGCAGGUAGACAAGUUGGUUGCGAUCCGCCAGUCAAAUUUAUAGAAGAAGAAGAAGAAGUUAGCAAGCUUUGGUAGUUUAUUGAUGCGAGACUAUUCCAGCUAACUACUUUAAACUGCUGAUAUCGCGUCUUUGUUUCGUUCCCGGGCAACUCCCCUAUUCACCUCACGCCAGGGUCAUAUGUAACAAACCAGGUGCUACCUUUACACCUUUACGUACACAAAAUAUCAAGGCGCUCAAUCAACAGCGCUAACUUUAGUUGGCGUUAGCUGUCACCUUUUCGUGUUAGCUAGCGAGUUAGCUGACAGUGAAGCUAAGGAUGACUUUCCACAGUGGUCUCGGAAAGAUGGACACUCCUCAGUGAGAGGUUUGGACUGUAUCGCCCUCACCUGGCUCUGCCUGUGCUCUUGGGGUCAGCUCGGGUUGUUGCCUCCUGUCAUGCUACCAGACCAGUCAUCUUGUAGAAAUACGUGCCACCUGCUGAUGGCGCCGUGCAGCAGAAAAAGAGCCGUAAACGCCACGGAGCUGCUGAGCCGGAGGAGUCGUGGCAUCAGGGAUGCUGGGAGCCUGAUCAGGCACAGUAUGGAGGUCCUUCGAGGUAUCCUACUUCAGGACAACAGGGAUUUCAUUAACGUAUGGAAUAAGAGCUCAAAAUCUACAAUAAUGUAUGAGAAUGGUAAAAUCUACUUAGAAAAUUACCAGAACUGCUACAGUUGUGUUCAUGCAGAGCCUCAACUUUUAUACAAACUGCCAAAGAGAUCUAAAUUGGAGAAAUUUGAAGAUGCUUUGCUGUGUCAGAGCCCACUUGACAGGACGUUAGCCUCCCCCUCUGCUCAAAAACCCAGCCUCUUGGUUUUGACCGCCAAUAACUGGCUGUAUCGCCUUUCAGUUGAAACAGGAGAGGAGCUGCAGAGAGUUUAUCUGUCUUCAAAGCACAAGUUCAGGUAUCUCAGCUGGGAUGUUUCUCAAGAGAUGUUUUAUGUUAAAUCUGUUCAAAACAAGGAAACUGCUUUCGCACGACAGGCGGGUAUCACUCACAAUACGGUGAUGCACCUCGCCAUCUUUCAUGUCUUUCCUUUACAAAUUGUUGGCAUUUUGGACAUCAACAAAAAGGUAUUUGGAAAUGGUGUUACCGAUGUUGUUCUGUCCCACGGUGUCCUUGUGGUGUCUUACAGCAACAAGUCAGUGAAGCUGUACAGCUUUGAGCACAUUGUUCAAAUGUACUUGACAGAGAAGCUAACGCUUGGAAAGCCGAGUUCACUUCUUGGUGGCGAAACUGUGGGAGAUGUUCCGUUUGGUAUCCCAGUAAAUAUACAGAUCACAGAAUGGCCGCCAGUGCUUUUUGAGGUAUCGUGUGCUAAUAACAGUGUCCAGAUUGGAGGCUACCCGUGGCAUUACAUCUACACACCAAUGCAUAAAAAUCACAAGGGCACUCACCACAUCUGUUCUCUCAAGGACAGCACUGUGGCAUCAAAUGGAAUACAAAACAUGAACUGCUGCUCUCUAGAGAGUGAUGGGAUUUUCUUCCACCCUGACGACUCAGGAAGAAUCGUUCAUGUUGGACCCGCCACCAUAAAUGUCCUGAAAAUCCUUGUUGAACUGAACAAUGAUUUCCCAUCAAAGGUAGUUGAGGAUUUCUCUAUGAAAACCCAUAGAAAAAACAAUCCUACCUCACAAGUCACAGUCACAGUCACCUCAUCGGGCCGAACAGUGAAGAAAAGAUUUCAGCAGCUGGAUGAUGAUCCAGAUCAAGAUACUUUCCGUAUUGUGGAAUAUGAGGACGAGCUGGACCUUUUGGCAGUCGUGGUUACUAAUGGUGAGGAUGGAGAAGGAAGAGCCCAAAUCCAACUGCAUGACAACCAGAGUGGGCAGUUACUGCGGACUGUGCAUCUGCUUGAACCUUGGGACGAGACUUAUCGACAUGAGUUGUUUUUUGACAAAGACACAAUUGUUCAUAUCGAACAGAAGAACAACAGCUUCUGCUGCCAUGUUUACAAGCUCAUGGUUGCCAGAAAAUAAAGGUUUCAUUUUUCAAGACAACUCAAAUAAAUGUUUCCAACUUG